AUGUUAACCACCACAAAUGAGACACAAUGGCUGCAAUCAGGUGAGGCAUCGCAACAUAGUGAGAAGAAUGGUUCCCCAACAACUUUGUUCGUUUUUGGGGACUCCUACGUUGAUACCGGGAACGUGAAAAUAGAUGAACCUGGUUCGUGGAAAGAUCCUUAUGGCAUAACUUUUCCCGGAAAACCAUCCGGAAGAUUCUCCGACGGUAGAGUUCUGACAGACUACAUUGCUAAAUAUUUGGGACUGAAAUCACCAGCUCCCUAUAAAUUCAGGAGAUUGAUGAGGCACCGAUUGAAAUACGGGAUAAAUUUUGCAUAUGCUGGAACUGGUGUGUUUAGCACAAUGGCCAAAAGGCCAAAUAUGACAACCCAAAUCGAUUUCUUGGAGCAAUUGAUCAAAGAAAAUGUGUACACCACCUCAGAUCUUAGCAAGUCAGUGGCCUAUCUCUCCGUUUGUGGAAAUGAUUACACUUAUUUCAUGAUCAAUGAUGGCUCUGCUGAGGGUUUUCCACCUUUCAUCGCCUCAAUGGUUAAUCAAACUGCCAUCAACAUGCAUCGCAUCCAAAGUUUGGGAGUGGGGAAAGUUGCUGUGGGUGGUAUACACCCUCUCGGAUGUCUUCCUCCAGUCACAGGUCUUUACUCAUAUAAGGAAUGUAAUAAAACCUUGAACGACUUAAUAGUUCGCCAUAACAACGCGUUGAAUGAAGCUGUGACCAAGUUGAACCAACAAGCAAAAGAUCACUCCACAUUCUUCGUUUUUGACCUUUACGGCAGUUUCAUGUCAGUGCUGAACCACCCAUCUGACUAUAACAUUAAGGAAAAGUUCAAGGCUUGCUGUGAUGGGUUAAGCAUGAAGUACAUUUGUGGGAGCAUGGAGAACAAUGUUAAGAAAUAUAGGGUGGAAAUAGAUAGUGAGUAG